AUGCAAGGAACGAUUUGUGUCCUUGUUUCUUUUCCAUUCAUUUUCAACCCAUGCCUGGCCUGUAACGACAGCACUCCUCCGUGGGCUCAAAUACUUUACUUCUCGCCCUUCAUCAUCAUCUUCCAGAUUGGAUGGGCAGCCACUCAGAUCUCUCACCUCUCCCUCAUCCCGGGGGUCGUGUCCAGCGAGAGUGACAGGGUGGAGCUCACCGCGUACAGGUAUGCCUUCACUGUGGUGGCCAAUAUCACCGUGUACAGUGUGGCCUGGCUGCUCUUUCACUUCCAGGCUCAGAACAAUAUGGACACCUCCAUCUCGGAUGUGGGCAAGGUGGACAUCCCCCUUUUCAGAACUCUGGCCCUGGUUAUGCUGGCUACUGGAGCUUUAUUCUCUAUGGUAUUCCACAUCGGUACUAAAGAGGAGGUGACAGAUUCAAGGAGUGAAAAUCAGAGGAUCCUACCAUCAACCUCGCAGGAAGAGUCGCCUGGUCUUGUGUUUCAGUGGAAGCAUUGGCUGAAGGAGCCGUCCUUCUACCAGGUGAGUGGCUUUUCUGUAGCCUACAUGUGCACCAGGUUAAUAGUCAACUUAUCCCAGACCUACAUCUCAGUUUACCUCACCAACUCACUGAUGUUACCAAAGAACUACAUUGCCAUCAUACCUCUAGUGAUGUAGGCCUAUGUCAGCGGCUUCGUUUUCUCUCUGGUUAUGAAACCAGUCAGCAAGCGCAUGGGAAUCAGUAUUACCUAUUUGGUCGGCCUGUUGUUGGUAGUUGGUUUCGCCGUCUGGCUGCUUGUGGACAAGAGCAUGGGAGCUGAGACGAUCUACGGAGCUGCUGUGCUGCUGGUCCUGGUCAUGUCCCUGUCCAUGACGGCCACUCUCAUCGGGGAGCAGACGGGAAGUGCAGCCUUUGUUUAUGGAUCAAUGAGCCUCACAGACAAGUUGGCAAAUGGUCUUGGUGUCCUCCUCAUCCAGAGUACACGGCCAUGUGGCACAGAGGCCUGCUGCCCAGACUGCAUUUGGUUUUAUCGUGACAUCAUGGUGUCGGUAAACGGGGGCGUGGGCAUGGCUGCAGCACUGUGUCUGUGCACGAUUCUAUUCCGGCCAAUCAGGAUACGGAAAAGUUAG